CGACAUUUGAGCGCAUACUAUUCGGUGUGACCAUCGAGCCGCCACGAUGGAGGAAGAAAUGAUCAUGACGAGCGUGGCGGAGCUGUACACGGCGCCACAUGGCUUGAACGCCAUCGCAAAGGACGUCGGUUUGGGUGUGGACAUCCUUACCCCUCGCAAGAAGGUGAGCAUCAUGAUCAUCGGCAACCACAGCGCAGGCAAGUCGUCAUUCAUCAACUGGUACGUCGGGGAAGACAUUCAACGCACGGGCGUCGCGAUUGAAACCCAAGGGUUUACCUUCAUUACAAGUGGCACGAAGCGGACGCUAGCACCGAUCAAGGGCGAGUCCACGUUGAUGUUGUAUCCACACCUGACACCACUGUCCAAACAAUUCGGCAAGUCUCUCGUGGAGAACCUCACGACCCAUGUAAGCACAUCCACGGCGCGUCAUUUCAAUGUGGUCGACUUCUGCGAUACCCCGGGCCUCGUGGACGGCGACAUCUCGUAUCCCUUUGACGUGAACGCCGCAAUCGUCGCGAUGGCUGCUUACGCCGACUUGAUCUUUGUGUUUCUGGACCCCAUGGGCCAAGCACUCUGCAGUCGCACGAUGCAAGUUGUGAAAGCGUUGAAUCAAAAUGGCCAGUACGCGGAUAAGAUGAAGUACUACUUGACCAAGGCCGACACCGUCACGGACUCAAAAGAAAUGAUGAAGCUCAUGGUCCAAAUCACGCAAAAUAUCAAGGCGAAUAUCCAGAACCAGCACGGCCUCGAGAUUCCGUCGAUCUGGAUCACGAGACCGACCAACUCGCACCUCAUGCCGGCCGAGCAUACCGCCGCGAAUUCCAUGAACAGCCUAAACCAAAUUGACGCGGUCUGCGAAUGCAUUGAAAAAGCGAUCCAUCAAAAGGUCCAAGACAACUUGAGCCAAGUUGAACGGGACUGCCAAGCCAUUCGAGACGCAAUUCGACGGCUCCUUCUCAAGGACGAACUGCAACGUGCUGCCAAGCGAUCGCGGCACAUCGUGGCGCUCGGGUUUGCGCUCACCGCGUGGGUCAUUCCCCUGGUGACGUUUGUAGUGUUGCUGGGCGAGUACAAGUCGUCGCUCCCUGCCGCGAUAUUAGACGCUGAUGCCGUCAUGUCGUUUGUCGAGUCGACCCACGAAGCCAUCCAACCGCUCGUGCUGGACGGUCCGCUGGGGCUGUUGAGCACACUCAAGUUGGUCGGAUCCUCCGUUGUACUCUUCGUUCUUUUCAACGCAAUCGCAGAGUUUAUCAAAACACGAAUGAGGCGAUUCGAAACGCAGCCGAAGGACGUGGUGACCCGGUGGAAGAGCUACGACCAUGUCCUGGACGAAGUGCUUGAUCGCCGACUCGAUUUGUUCAAGGAAUAUGUCCGCACAUAUACUAGCGCCGACAAUAUCUAGAUGCAUCCAGAGCUCGCCUGCGACAACAACUGUGCCGAGCGCAAAUCACUGCGCUGACCGGUGGCGGGAUUUCGACCCUUUCCAAAACGAGACUUGUGUCGCUCUGCUAUUCUUUGUUAACUAUCUGCCGAUUACCUCCACCAGGUCGACGUCAGGCGUUGCGGCAUACACGAUCCUGUGCCUCUCAGAUGCUGUACAACUUGGCUGAAUCAACAUGGUGCGUCAUGCAGCGUCCUGUGCGUUG